AUGUUUCGGUACUCGCCGAACCCGUUGGCCUCGCUGGUGAACGCUUUCCGUAGCAGCAGUACCAGCGGCUCUUACGGACAUCUGUCGGCUAGUGCGCUGGGACCGGCGAUUGGAGUUCACGCGGCCAUGCCUCCAUGGCUUGCUGCGGGUCUACCCGGACAUCAACCGCCUAAAGCCAGCAUGUUCUCUUCGAACCAUCCGCUGCAUCCGGGACAUUCUUUGACCAAGUCACAGGUCACCGAUCUACCAUACGCCCUUCGGGAAAUUGUUGACCUCGAUGGUCCGGCCGCAGUGACAGCUGGUGCUCGUACUACCGGAAUUCCUCGGAAUCGGUUCAAGAACCGCAUUAACUACAAGGGUUCUCUGAUGAGUAAUCCGCUAUCCAACAUCCUCGAGAUCAAGAUCCAGCGCCACUUUGGGCUCGUCGGGCUUAACCGGCAAAUAAUCAAUCUCAAGAUGGAACCGGGCACGACUCCGUCAUUGCCCCUCGCCAAGAACAACAGUCAGAUGACGGAUUUGGGAGGUUUGCAAACUCCGCCGCCGUAG